AGUGGGGUCCGCGACGGCCAGGCGAGCGGGAAGUGGACGUGCGUCAUGCCGGGUCGCCGUCGUUGACGAGGUUGCAGGCGAACGUGCCCAACUCCGGCGGCAUCGACGGCGAGCCGGCAGAAGGCAGAAGGCAGAAGCAGGCUCUUGGAGAGAGGUGAAGAACGCGGAGGGUGGGAAUGGGGAAGAAGGUGAGGUGGUUCGAUGCCGUGCAGAGGAUUUUGAGCACGUCGGGACCUGAUCGCGAGGACAAGGAAGAGAAGCAGCCGGCCGAGAGACUGACGACUAGAUCGAGCUUCAAGAAGCUAUGGCACUUCGGCAAGUCCAGCACGUCCACCUCCACGACGCCGGAGACUGCUCAUCAACACCCUGGUCAGCAGGAGGCUGUGGUGGUCGCGGGGGACAAAUCCGUCGGAACGACGAGCGAGCAAAACGAUGGUGGAUUCCAUGUCGCACCGGUGGCGCAGCAGCCGGCAGAGGCUACGGCCAUCGUCAUGCCAAGAGCGCCCGCGCGGUCAAAGGAGGAGCUUGCCGCCGUCAGGAUUCAGACGGCUUGCAGGGGCUACUUGGUGAGGAGAGGGUACCAGACGAGAGCACAGGCUCGGCUGAUGUCGCUACUGGAGGGGGUCGCCGUGAAGCGCCAGACAGAGGAGGCGCUGUACAGCAUGCAGGCGAUGACGAGGGUUCAGACCCAGAUAUACGCCAGGAGAGUCAAGAAGGAGAAGGAUCUCAAGAGUCAGGUCCAGCCUAAGCAAGGGCCUGACAAAACCAAGAUUGGUGAAGGCUGGGAUCCCACUCACCACUCCAAGGAGCAGAUCGAGGCCACGCUUGCGACGAAGCAAGAGGCUGCGUCGAGGCGGCAGAGGGCCCUGUCAUACGCCUUCUCUCACCAGUGGAGGAACAGGAGCCCUUCUUCUUCUUCCUCGGGGCGAGGGAGAGUGACACCCACGCAGUCGCACCCUCCGACGUUCAUGGACCCCGGCUGCCCCAACUGGGGGUGGAGCUGGGCGGAGCGCUGGACGGCGGCGGCGAGGCCGUGGGAGAGCCAGACCGCGACGCAGGACAAGGACCGCCCUGCUCCGGCCAAGGGUGCCAAGCCGAGGGUGUCCAUCUCGGUCCAUAUUCCCACCACGCCGACGGGCAGGUCCCCCCGGCCGCCCGGCCGGCAGUCGCCGUCGACCCCAACGCGGCCGCUGUCGCCCUCGGUGAUGGGAAAGACAGUCGCGUCGCCCCGGCGGGCUCCGAGCCCAAGGGGUAGCCCGUUCAACAGGUCGGGAAGCGUGCUGUCGGAGCGCCCGCGGACCAGCCAGGAGCACCCGGGGGCAAGCAGUGGCGGCGGUGGCGACGAGAAGGAGGCCUCGCUGCGACGGACGACAAGCUUGCGGUCGGGGGAGCUGCCAAGGAGCCUGAGCCUGGGAGUGAGAGACGUGGACGCAGACGAGACGGGCGGCGCGCCGGUGACGCCCAGCUACAUGCAGGCGACUAAGUCCGUGAAGGCCAAGGCCCGGUGCGCGAGCCCCGCCGCGGCCGACAGGGCCGAGCUCCCCGAGAGGGCUCCUCUGGUGUCCUCGCCGUCGAUGAAGAAACGCCCGUCGCUGGAGUUAGCGGAGAAACAAGGGGUGUCAUCGCCGAGGACGCCGAGGACGCCGGGCACGCCGAGCACGCCUGGCAAGGCGAAGGCGGAAAUCAGGGCGAAGCGGCCUCCCAGUCCCAGGUUCUAGCUUGCUGGGCUUGCGUAUAUCCAGGGUGGCAGGAUGAUAUGAGUUAUUGUUUUUUGUUU